AUGUAUGGCGUGCCCGAGAACUUCUUGGAGGUGGAAGUGAAGAAUGCGAUGACGCAUGGCUUUGGGCGGAAGCAGUACACGGACUACGAGAUCGUCACGAGGACCAACAUCCCUGCGUUCAAAGUGCGCUUCUCAUCUGUCCGCCGACGCUACUCCGACUUUGAAUACUUCCGGGACAUCCUGGAGCGCGAGUCGAACCGGGUCAACAUCCCCGUGCUGCCUGGCAAAGUGUUCACGAACCGCUUCAGCGACGAGGUGAUCGAGUCGAGGAGGGAGGGCCUCGAGCGCUUCUUGCAGAUCGUCGCUGGUCAUCCUCUUUUGCAAACCGGGAGCAAAGUCUUGUGCGCAUUCCUACAAGAUCCCAAUUUCGAUCGCUCGCAGUGGAUGUAA